AGGAUGAGUUUCUCAAUCACAUUUCUCAGGGGAGCUGAAAACUCGCUCUUCAAACAAUGGCAGCUUCUUCUUCGACAACUACUCUUGCUCUCUGUUCCUCUUUCUCUUCUUUCUGCAAAAUCUCAAAUAAAAUUUCUCCCCCGCUUCUCUCGUUUUCUAAACCAAAACUCCCCGCUUCUCUUCUGUUCUCAACUACAAAACAACCCACAUUUUCCUUUGCUAGCAAAUGCUCUGCCUCUGAAGCACCCGCCGUUUCGGACUCCGAACCCACCCCCGUUGUGGAAGCCCCCGCCCCCGAGGAAAAGAAGCCCAAACGUGAAGAAAUCUUUGCUGUUGUUAUGAUUGGAUCUCGCCAAUAUAUUGUUUUCCCUGGUCGGUAUAUCUAUACUCAGAGGCUAAAAGGUGCAAAUGUCAAUGAUAAGAUUAUAUUAAGCAAGGUGUUGCUUGUGGGAACAAAAACAACUACCUACAUUGGAAAACCAAUUGUGACUAAUGCCGCUGUUCAUGCUGUAGUUGAAGAGCAGGGAUUAAACCCUAAAGUGAUAGUCUUCAAGUAUAAGAGGAAGAAAAACUAUAGGAGAAAUAUUGGCCAUCGACAGUUAGGUAAAUAUGAACUGUGAGCCUGUUGGAACACUUCAUGGAGCUUUGUGGUUUUCACAUGUGACAUAUAAUAAUAAAAUUAUGUGUACACACUUUUGAAUACACAAAUGGGUACAUAGUGUAAUUGAAUGAGUUUGAAUUAAAGAUAAAAUAACAUAUAAUUUUAUGAUAAUAUAUUAUGUAUCUAUUUGUGUACACAAAAAUAUGUAUACAUAAUAUUGUUUGACAUGUAAAUGGUUCAAAGUAGUAACUUCCAUAAGCCUCCUGAUAUUUGUAGUACCACUGUAGUCAUCCCCCACAAAUAGGAAGAAAUAUGCCAAGUCUUACAACAAGAAGAUUAAAUUUCUCCAUGCUUAUAUAUUAUCUGUUCUUGCGUUGAA